AUGAAAACAAAAUUGGUUGGUUUGAAUAACUUUUAACUGAAAUUAAUUAUAAACAAGUAUUGCAAUUCGAAAAGCAAUAAUUCUUUUUUAAUUCAGGUUAUAAAUAGGUGUUCCAAAAGACAAUAUGCAGCAAUAGAAAAUCUAUAUAGAAUGUUGAUGACAAACAUAGGAUUUAGAAUAGCCUCAUAGGAUUAAAAUACGUUAAUUACAAAAUACAAGUACAAAAGUUGUAUUAAGGAUUGUAUGUGGGAUAUCAACAUUGGAAAAUCUUGGGAAUUUGAAGACUCAUUUAAGAUUCAAAGGGUAUUUUUAAUAUCCAAAAUAUAAAUGACUAUACAUUAAAUGGUAAGAACAGAAAAUGAAGAAUGUAGUAUUUUUGUUUAUUAUACAUUUAGAAAGGAUAUUGUUAUCAUAAAAGAAUUUCAGGUAGAUAAUCUGA